UAUUAUUAUGCAUUAAAAUUUUUGAUUUUAUUUUUUAUUAUUCAUUUUUAUUUAAUUUUUAUUUUGCUUUUAUUUCUUAAGGUACACUUUAAUGUCGGUAAUAUGUUAUAACAGAAGGCAUAAGAACAAAUACAGAUAGGAAGAUCUAAGUUAACCAAUCUACGGUAAUCGCUUUAACAAGAUAAUUAAUCCUAUUUCAGACCUUUCGAUAGUAAAUGUUACAAAAGAAAUUUUAACACUAUCAGUAACCAUAAGCUGAUUUGUCUUGAACUUACAGGGUUUCAGUUAAUACUUUUAUUAACAAGUAAACAUUGUUUCAUUGGGUGAUUCCAAAUUUCUUUACACGAAAUUAAAAUUGAUUGGUUAAAAUUACCUAAGGGAAUUAAGGGUCACAUGAUGUACAGUAAAAUUGAUUGGUCUAUUAUUGUUAUGGAAGUUGUUGUUCUAAAGUCCUUUCCUCUGAAGAGCCAUAGAUUGUAUGACUCUGGAUUGAAAUAGUUUAAAAAAUAGUUUGAAAAUAAAUUGAGGAAAAGGACAUCUUUUUGUAUUUUAGGUAAGUCAAAUAUUUUAAGUUAAUGUUAAGAGAAUGUUGUACUUUGUAAUUUUUGGGUGUUAUAACUUAUGUUCUGACUUAAAUGUAUAUGUAAUUGUUUUAACUACAUGUAGAAGUUAUUUAAUAUAUUUCUUUCUUAGGUAAUAACUUAAGAUUUGUUAUUGGUAGCACUUGGCGUAAUUGUUUAAACUUUUCGUUCAACUAGUCGUUUCGUUUAAUUUGACCAGUUGGCAUAAUUUAAUAGAAAAGUAAACAUGGCGCUUUCUGUCAGUAGAAUUUAUUUCCGGAAACUUUAUAUUGUUAUUAUUUGUUGUACAAGAAUUCCCCUAGUACCUAAGCAGAACACUUGGUGGGGUAGUGGAUGAUUCCGACCUCUCAAAUUAGCAAGCGAGUAACCAGUAAAAUCAGCAAGCGAGUAACCAGUAAAAUCAGCAAGCGAGUAACAAAUGCCACUUUCGUCUAGACCGUCAAAUUAUAGUUUGAGAAGUGUACAAACUCCGCCUACUGAGCCAGAACAGCCACAAGACCUUGGUUUGCCAACAUCAACAACACGUGAACCUGGUUUUUUUCCAAUGGCAGGUGCAUUUAGGAUGGAGGAUUUUUACGGGGAUGGGACACAGGAUAUUGUCCGUUAUCUGAGAAGAUUCGAUGAAUACGUGAGAGCAACGGCUCUUAAAGAUGAACAGGCUGUAGCAUCACUUGCCUGGCAUUUGAAAGGCUUGGCAAGAUUAUGGUAUGAAUCGCAAAACAUAAGACCAGAAAGAAUAAAUGAACUGAAAGAUAUGUUGGUUGCAAAAUUCAAAAUUGAAAAAGAAGCAAGUCUAGAUAUUUACACUAUGAAACAGUCACCUGGUGAGACUUUGAACCAGUUUUUAAAUAGGCUUGAACAAGCUACUUACAUCAACAACAUUCCUGAAAAUGUACAAGUUCAAAUCGCACUUAAAGGUAUGGAAGGGAUGGUUGGCCAGGCAAUGGGGGCGCACGCUCCAAAAACAUUACAAGAAGUUCGAAAUUUGGCUGCCAGGAUGGGGGAUAUCCAUGGAAACAUAGGUGAUCGUGCCCAGAUUAAUGUGACAGAAACUUCUAAACUUGAACAGACAGUUGAGCAGUUGGUAGCAGCUGUAACAAGGUUGACAACAGAAAAGAACCGUGAAGGAAACAAUGAAGACAGACACUAUAAGAAUAAACAACAACAGGCUGUUCCGUCAUGUCAUCGUUGUGGAGUUGCUUCCAUUGUCCUGAUGCUGACCUUGAGCAUGAUACUAUGUAGUCCAUCGGUGUCUGGAAAGAAGGUCUCUGACUUGCAACGUUUGAAUUAUGGGGUUGUAUUUGAACCAGUGGAUAACUUGCAGUUGGCAGAAGAGUCAUGGAUUCAUACAUUUGAAAUUAUAUUACCAAAAACAGCUAAUUUGUUCAGUAUUUUUGGUUGUAAUAGAAACAAAAAGUUUUGUGAUUUAGUAAAUGAAAUGUUAGUUGAGAUUAAUCAAAUCCGACAGAGUACGGAAGUUAUGAUAAAUGGUACAAUUGCUACUAUUAAUAAAUUGUUGCCUGAAAAGAAAAUUUCAAUUAAAAGUAGAAGUAAGCGUGCCAUUUUACCUUUUAUUGGAAGUCUCUCAAGAUCAAUAUUUGGCACAGCUACAGUAAAAGAUGUAGAGAUGCUAGCUAGACAUAUCAAUUCAUUAAAUAAAAUAUCAAGCAAUCUGAUUAAGUCUGUAGAACAACAUGAAGAUGAUCUUAGUUCUUACAUGAAAGCUACUGAUGAAAGAAUGAAUAAUAUUGUUAAAGGAUUGGAAGAAAAUCAUUUGGCUAUUGAACAUAUUCAAACUCAAUUGUUUGAAUCAUUUGAUAAUUUAGAGAAAUCAUUUACAACAAUGAGUGCAUUUAUUUCUAAGCAAAUUACAAAGUCUAGACAGCUUGAAACACUUUUCAAUGAACUUUUGGAUGGUAUUUAUGCUUUAAUUGAUGGUAAGGUAUCUCCUCACUUAAUUAACUUUGAAACAAUGUCAAGCACACUGAAUGAUAUUCAGAACAUUCUUGACAAAAAGUUCAUAGGAUUUCACUUAGUAUAUACAGACCCAGCACUUAUCUACCAUUAUGCUAGGACAUUUUAUGCUAGAAAAGGUUCUACUCUAUAUGUUUCUGUAAAAUUUCCCAUUUCACCAAUUUUAAAGCCAUUAAUGUUAUAUAAGAUAACUUCAUUUCCAGUUCCAGUAAAUGAUACUUCAAAUCAUGCAACACAAAUACUAGAUUUACCUGAUCAUAUUGCUAUUACUAAUGAUCUACAAUAUUACACAACUUUUGGAAAUCUGGAACUUCAAAAAUGCAAGUUUAAUAAAAUUGUGCAGUGUGAUUUUAAUAAAAUUCUAAUGCCUGCUAUUAAGAAAUCUUGUGAAUUCUCCUUGUUUAAAAAUGACAAAAUUUUAAUCAAAGAAAAUUGUAAUUUUAGAUUUUUGCUGAAUCAUAUUUCUAAUGAUGUUGUUCUGCUAUCUAAAGAUUCUAUAUUAGUUUAUAAUGUUGAUGUCCUUGAAUAUGAUUGUAAAACUGGAAAGAAAAUGGUUAAAGGUUGCAAAUUUUGUACCAUGAAUGUGCCAUGUGAUUGUUCAGUUUCUACAAGUCAUACAUUUUUACCUGCAAGAUUGACAGACUGCUAUGAAAAUACUUCAGCAAAAUUACAUCCUGUAAAUCUUGCAUUGCUACAACAAUUUUUUAAUGAUAGUUCUUUGAAAGAUAUUGAUAGUAAUUCAUUAUUUGAAAAUCCAAUGGCUAUAAAUGUUCCAAAAUUUGAAAUUUACAAUCACACUAUGAAUAAAAUUUUAGCAGAUGACAGCAAAGCUCAUCUUAACUUACAAAAAAUGGCACAAUCAGCAAAAGAAAAUUCACUUAUUUAUCAAUCUCUCACAGAUUCUUUACUGUCAGGAAAUAUUGCUUUGGAUGAUAAUAUUAUUUCAACUAAUGACAUUAUUUUAUAUGUCACAGCAUCUGUUGCAGCAUUUUCUCUGAUUGCUUUCAUAGUUACAGCAUGUAAGCUUAGAAAAGUAUUAAUUAUUGUAUCUACAUUACAAAUCACUUGUACCAAACAAGUUAAAGCUUCAACUGUUCCAUCAUUAGUUUAUAUAACUUCUCAACAAGCUACAACAAAUGACAUGUAUUUUUGGGAGAAACUAAAUUUAAGAAAUGAGCACUGGAUCAUAUCCCUUAAUGUCAUAAUCAUAAUUCUUCUUGUUUUUGUAAUGAUAAAUACAUGUAAAGUUUCAAGGAACAGUACUAAAAUAGUGGUUGAAAUCACUAAUGGAAAACAUUCUGUACAAGUACCACUUAAAACUUUAACUUUAUGUCCUACCUACUGGCAAAUAAAGGCACCUAAAAACAUUGACCAAAUAACAAUCAGAGGUAUGUGGACUCCAAUUGUUACAUUUGACUGGGAUGAUUUUGAAAUAAAGAAUAAGCUAACAAAUCAACCAUUACAGAUAGAAACAAAUUACAGGGUAAAUUAUUUUGUGUCCAGAAAAUUAAGACAUAUUAUGUCUACCACUUAUUGUGCCUAUUUCUUUAUUCAACAUGACAAAUUGUUCAUGCCUUUACAAACUUGGUAAUACAUGUUUAUACCCAUUGCUUUAUAAUAGUUAGUAUAGAUAGCACCACCUCAGACAAAUAAAUUGUAUAUAUUGUUUUAGUAUAUAUAUGUGAACAUUAAUUUGUAUUUUCAUGAAUUAUCUUACAAUGAAGACAGACUUUGACAAGAUGAAAAGAAAUAAAUCAAAUUGAUGUCAUAUAUUUUUAUGUGUCGCAUGGUGUAUUGAUAUUUGUAAAUAUGUAUAUGUUUUCUUUCUAUAUAAAAAAAAAAACACACACAAAAAACUGGUGAGAUACUUAUAUGCAAUAUGCAUGAGAAUAUAAAUGGUAUUUAAUGACAGUAAAAAAAAAAUGCAUUUAUUUUGUUAUUGUUGUAAAUAUAUGCUUUUGUUUUGUACUUUAUGUAGAAAAAUACGGAUAUAAUGCUUAAUGCAUUUACUUACUUAAGUACACAUAGAAUGCUUGAUGUAUUUAAAUUUGUAGAGUUUGGAUAUAUUACUCCUUUACUCUUUAUAGGAAUAAAGAAAAUUUAGAGGAGGGGGUGGUAUUAUGCAUUAAAAUUUUUGAUUUUAUUUUUUAUUAUUCAUUUUUAUUUAAUUUUUAUUUUGCUUUUAUUUCUUAAGGUACACUUUAAUGUCGGUAAUAUGUUAUAACAGAAGGCAUAAGAACAAAUACAGAUAGGAAGAUCUAAGUUAACCAAUCUACAGUAAUCGCUUUAACAAGAUAAUUAAUCCUAUUUCAGACCUUUCGAUAGUAAAUGUUACAAAAGAAAUUUUAACACUAUCAGUAACCAUAAGCUGAUUUGUCAUGAACUUACAGGGUUUCAGUUAAUACUUUUAUUAACAUGUAAACAUUGUUUCAUUGGGUGAUUCCAAAUUUCGUUUCACGAAAUUAAAAAUGAUUGGUUAAAAUUACCUAAGGGAAUUAAGGGUCACAUGAUGUACAGUAAAAUUGAUUGGUCUAUUAUUGUUAUGGAAGUUGUUGUUCUAAAGUCCUUUCCUCUGAAGAGCCAUAGAUUGUAUGACUCUGGAUUGAAAUAGUUUAAAAAAUAGUUUGAAAAUAAAUUGAGGAAAAAGGACAUCUUUUUGUAUUUUAGGUAAGUCAAAUAUUUUAAGUUAAUGUUAAGAGAAUGUUGUACUUUGUAAUUUUUGGGUGUUAUAACUUAUGUUCUGACUUAAAUGUAUAUGUAAUUGUUUUAACUACAUGUAGAAGUUAUUUAAUAUAUUUCUUUCUUAGGUAAUAACUUAAGAUUUGUUAUUGGUAGCACUUGGCGUAAUUGUUUAAACUUUUCGUUCAACUAGUCGUUUCGUUUAAUUUGACCAGUUGGCAUAAUUUAAUAGAAAAGUAAACAUGGCGCUUUCUGUCAGUAGAAUUUAUUUCCGGAAACUUUAUAUUGUUAUUAUUUGGUGAGAACUUAAGUUUUAAUCUUUGUUAUAUGUUAGAAGGCAAGAUGAUAAUAAAUAGGAAUGAAAACAUGUAAUAGACUAUGAAAUCAUCAUCUUUUGUUUAAUAUAAUCAAGUUAAAAUGGCAUGUUGAAUGAAAAUUAUUGAAUUCUACUUUCACUUUGUUUAGAUAAUUUGUAUGUGUAAUAUAAUUCUAUUAUAAUUUCAAUCUUUAAUAUCUGUUUAUGUUAUUCUAUAUAUGGACAUAUAGAUUGUAUGACUCUGGAUUGAAAUAGUUUAAAAAAUAGUUUGAAAAUAAAUUGAGGAAAAGGACAUCUUUUUGUAUUUUAGUUGUACAAGA